GGAGGGCGCAGGCGCGGAGCCGGGCAGGUGCCGCACUGAGGGAGCGUUUCCCUGGGAGAGGAGGCCGGGUGGAGCGAGCCCAUGAGCGAGGACAUCCGGAUCCAUUCCUGGCCUUGCUCCUACUACCUGGACUCCAGCAAGCAAUGGAUCCCUGGCAAGCUCUCCCUGACCCCCACCUCCAUCAAAUUCACGGCUGACAAAUCCGGGGAGCUCCUGGCGGAUUUCCAGCUCUCCGGCAUCAGCGAGAUCAAGAAGGAAUCUUCCCAUCUGAUCUUCAGCUCGCUCACCGUGCUGGAGAAAGGCGCCAAGCACUGGUUCGGCUCCCUGCAGCCCAACAGGAAUGUGGUGUUCAACGUCCUGGAGCAUUUCUGGAGGGAGCAGCUGCUGCCCGGCCGGGAGGGGGCAGCGGGAGCGGCCUCGGGCUCCAGCAAGGGUCGGGAAUUGUCGGGAAUGUUGGAGGGAUCCCAGAAACGCCUGGAGGACACGGCCAAGGUGCUGCAGGCCCAGGGGGAGCAGUUCGACAGCAUCAUGAGGGGGCUGCACAAGAUCGAGGGGGACAUGGAUGUGGCCGACAGGCUGCUGACAGAGCUGGAAUCUCCCUCCUGGUGGCCCUUCAGCACCAAACUCUGGAAAAGCCCCGUGGAAGCGAAACCCAAGGAAACCCCGGCAGCUCCCGAUCCCAAAAUCCAGGAGGGAAUCCUGCUGCGCAUCCCAGUGAUCAUCACGCACAGGACGGACUCCGGCGCCAAACCCGGCCAACUCACGGUGCUGCCCUCGGGCCUGGAGAUCCGGGAUUGCAAUUCCCAGCUCCUGCACCGCUUCGAGGCGCGGGACGUGGACGACAUCCGCGUGCACACGCCCUACGAGAUCAGCGUGCGGCAGCGCUUCAUCGGCAGGCCCGACGUCUCCUUCCGCCUGCUGGCCGCGCGCAUGCCCCAGGCCAUCCCCCUGCUGGAAAUGCAGUUCAGCAGGAAAAUCCAGUUCCUGGAGGAUGCUCUGGGGUUUGCCGGGGCCAGCAAGGCCCCUCAGGCGGAUUUGGGGACGUCCAUCUGGCAGGCAGCCUCGGGGUUCCUGGGGGCGGCGGCGGCUCCGGAAGGGCCGGAGCGGGAGCAGGUGCAGCUGCACAAAGUGUCCCAGGAGGAGGCCAAGGAGCUCCGGCAGAUCCUGCAGAAGCUGAAGGGGCUGGCGCUGGAGACGGAGGCGGAGCUGGAGCGGCAGGACGAGGCGCUGGAGUCCAUCGGCAGCUCCGCGGAUCGCGCCACGCUCACCAUCGAGCGGCAGAACCGCAGGAUGAGGAAGCUGACGUAGCUCCCGCCGGGAGCGGGAGGGGGGCGGAGCCGGGAUCUUCAGGGCUGGAUUUUCCAGAGACGCUGUGGGAAGGGUUUGGGAUGAGGUUUGGGAAAUGGCGCUGCUGGGGGUGAGCGCCUGGGAGGAAUGAAGCGGUUCCUGGACUUGGUGGUGGGUGGAUUUUGGAUGAUGGUUGGAUCCUGGAUCACAGUUGGACCUUGGAUGAUGGUUUGGAUCUUGGAUGAGGUUUGGAUCUUGGAUGAGGUUUGGAUCUUGGAUGAGAUUGGAUCUUGGAUGAGGUUUGGAUUUUAGAUGAUGUUUGGAUCUUGAUGAGAUUGGAUCUUGGAUGAUGGUUGGAUCUUGGAUCACAGUUGGACCUUGGAUGAUGGUUGGAUCUUGGGCAGUGUUUGGAUCUUGGAUGA